UUAAUAUAAAGAAACAAAGUAACCUGUCACCAAUCUCCGUAUUCCAUUUCUGUAAAUUCUCAGAGAUUUUCUUCGAUUCUCCUUAAUCUCCUAAACUAUCCAUAUAUAUUCAUUACACAACUUUACCUAUUCCACAACUCAAACACAAACACACACACACAUACAAAAAAAAAAAACCCUAAUUUUCCAUCAGAUCUCCGAAACCAUGUCGGCGAUCAUGAAAACUCUUUGUUUCUCUUUCAUCAUUCUCUCUUCUUUUGCAACUCUCUUCUCCGUCGCUGAUGCACGGAGGUUCAACGUCGGAGGUAACGGCGUUUGGGACAUGAAACCUCAAGAAAACUACAAUACUUGGGCUGAAAGAAACCGUUUCCAAGUCAAUGACACUCUCUAUUUCAAGUAUCCAAAGGGUUUAGAUUCGGUUCUAGAAGUGACGCAAGCUGAAUUUGAUGACUGCAACGUCUUUAACGCUAUCAAGAAGUAUAACAAUGGUGAAACUGUUGUGACUCUUGAUCGUUCUGGUCCUUAUUAUUUCAUAAGUGGUACUCAGGAACACUGUCGAAAGGGACAGAAGCUGGUCGUUGUUGUCCUCGGCGUCAGAAAUCACCCCAAGGUUCCUAUUUCUCCGGCGAAACCUCCUUCAUCGGCUCAGGCUCCUAAAGCUCAUUCCCCUGUUUCACCAGUCGCUCCUGCUCAAGCUCCUAAAUCUCAUUCCCCUGUAUCUCCCGUUGCUCCGGCGAAACCUCCGUCUAUGGCUCAACCUCCGAGAUCCUCUGUUUCUCCAUCACAACCACCUAAAUCUUCUUCCCCUGUUUCUCACUCACCAGCUCUCUCACAAUCGCAUGCUCCUAAGUCUUCAACCACUCCAUCUCCAUCCCCUGUUUCUCACUCACCAUCGAACGCUCCAUCUCACUCCCCGGUGACUCCAUCUCCAAGCCCUGUAUCUCAGUCACCAUCGAACGCUCCAUCUCACUCUCCUGUGACUCCAUCUCCAAGCCCUGUUUCUCAGUCACCAUCGAACGCUCCAUCUCACUCUCCUGUGACUCCAUCUCCAAGCCCUGUUUCUCAGUCACCAUCUAACGCUCCAUCUCACUCUCCUGUGACCCCAUCUCCAAGCCCUGUUUCUCAGUCACCAUCGAACGCUCCAUCUAACGCUCCGGCGACUACACCUCCAUCACCAUCCCCUGUUUCUACUCCAUCUCCUGUUCAGACUCCGGCAUCAUCUCCAUCUGAUUCGUCUACACCUUUGUCGCCUUCACCUUCGGACUCAACAACACCUUCCGCCGAUAACAUUACGGCCCCGGCGCCAAGUCCAAAGAAAAACUCAGCAAGUGGUGUGGCAGUUACUUCGGUUAUGACUACAUUAUUGAGUGCGGCUUUCACCUUUUUGAUGUUCGCUUGAGAUAAAACAAUUUGUGUUUUGGUGUUUUCGCUUUAGAUUUAUCUUUUUAUUCUAUUUCUGAGAUUUAUUGUUCUUGUCGCAACUCUUUCGGUUUUUUCUCUUUGUGUCGUACUUUCACAUUAUUGGACUAUUUUUUUUGGUCAUAAAUAUCAUUUCGUUGUUCUAAGCAUUA